CUAAACGAGGAAUUGUUGGUGUCUCUACAAGCCAGUAUCGACAAGCAGCCUGCAUUAAUUUUGUUGUAAGUUGGGACUUUAAGUGGACAACUACAUCCGUGUGGGGCUUCAUCACAACGAAUGCAACUCUUCGUAAGGUGUCUAGAUGCUCGGUCAAGGGUAUGUGACGUGGAGCCCUGUUGCAGCGUGGCAGACUUGAAACGACGCAUCGAGGAAGUGGAAAGUGUGCCUAGCUGCUCGCAAGGACUCGUUUACGCCGGGCGCCAGCUACAAGAUGAGCGCAGCCUGGAGUCCUAUGGAAUUGUUGGCCAUAGCACCGUGCACCUCGUGCUUCGGCUACGCGGCGGCAAAGGUGGAUUCGGCGCGCUGCUCCGUGGCUUGGGCCGAGACGGCUCGAAAACGACCAACGAUGACGCUAUGCGGGACCUCCAAGGGCGGCGUUUGCGGCAUGCAAAUGCAGAGAAAAAAAUGAAGGACUGGGAGGCAAAGGCAAAGGAACGCGAGCUGGAGAAGAUAGCACUGCAACACAUAAAGCAGCAGGAGCGGCAGGCGCGCCGGGAUGAGGAGAAAAAGGUACCAGUGCCAGCUGCCCAUGUGGUCAUGCAGGACGAACUGCCCUGUGUCUGCAGGGGAACAUCCAAAGCGGAACAAUCUCCACUGUCUGGUUGGGAGGUCCCUACACACGCUUUUAAGAAAGUUACCCACUAUCUGUAUUGGGUUACUUUGGCCCCACGCCUAACCCAGCGAUGCUGUACCCUCUUGCACAUGCCGAGAGGUGCCUUCUCCCUGGGUAGCUACGCCACUUUUAAAACCGUAACACCGGCAGUCUCUGCUUGGUACUGA